AUGGGCAUACCGGACCGCUUUCAAGACACCCAUUGGCAUGUCUCCGUUUCAAAUGUUGUUCGGGAAAGCUUGUCACUUGCCGGUAGAGAUGGAACACAAGGCGUUGUGGGCUGUCAAGAACUGGAUGAGUUAGACGAAUUCAGAUUGUCCGCUUAUGAAAGUGCAAGCCUCUAUAAAGAGAAAACCAAGAAGUGGCAUGACAGAAAAAUAUUGAGCAGAGACUUCAAGGUCGGACAGCAAGUUCUGCUGUACAAUUCCCGAUUGAGACUGUUUCCGGGAAAGCUCAAGUCCAGAUGGUCAGGACCGUUUUUAGUGAAAGAAAUCCGUCCAUAUGGUACAGUGGAAAUUAGUCCACUUGAUUCUGACCGAAGCUUCAAGGUGAAUGGGCAGCGAUUGAAACCAUACCUCGGAGGAGAAAUUGACAGAGGAACGGCUACCGUUGCUCUUGCAGAAACGUAA